CCCAGAUCAUGUGACCACAAAAUGGUGGAAGCUGUGAGCUGUUUGUAAGCUGAGCAUCUCCACCGAGAGGCUGGGAGCAGGAAAUAGGCAGGAAACUUGGAAGUACAUCCAUGCUCUGAGACGCACAAAGAGAGAAUCCCGAUCCCCAGCAGUGGUCCUCCUGGGGAUGGACCUAUCAUCAGAGAGUAAAAUGAACUCUGAGGGUGGCGAAAGCAGACCAGUCCCUCCUAGCUCUCUACCCCUGCAAGGAGGUCCCACUCAAAGAAAAAAACUAUCUGCCCCUCGAAUUAGCCUGUCACUGGAUCAGAGCGAGGAUGACUUGGGGGAGACACCAGAUGAUCUUGACAUUAACGUUGACGACCUUGACACUCCAGAUGAGGGGGAUUACCUUGACUACACAGACCAUGAAAUGGACUGGGAAGACCCCAAUGAAGCCAGUAGGAGUGGGACAAGUGAGCCCUAUGAUCCAAUCCCAACAUACAGCGCUGAGGAGGAGCGUCAGGAUGGCAAACUAUGGAGGACGGUCAUCAUUGGGGAGCAGGAGCACCGCAUCAACAUGAAGAUCAUUGAGCCCUACAUGAGAGUCAUCUCCCAUGGAGGCUACUAUGGCAACGGAGUGAAUGCCAUUAUAGUGUUUGCUGCUUGUUUCCUGCCAGACAGUGACAGAGAGGACUACCAUGAAAUAAUGGAGAACCUCUUCCUCUAUGUGAUCAGCACACUGGAGCUGAUGGUAGCAGAGGACUACAUGAUCGUUUACCUGAAUGGAGCCACACCCCACAGAAGAAUGCCUGGCCUUGGUUGGCUGAAGAAAUGCUAUCAGAUGAUUGACAGAAGGCUCAGGAAGAAUUUGAAAUCCUUCAUUAUUCUCCAUCCAUCAUGGUUUAUCAGGACCGUUCUAGCCAUUACCAAGCCCUUCAUCAGCACCAAGUUCAGCAGUAAGAUAAAGUAUGUGACCAGCUUGGAUGAGCUGCAUGAACUCAUCCCCAUGGAAUGCAUCCAGAUCCCAGAGUGCAUCAUUAGACUUGACAAGGAACUGAAGGAUGCAGCAGAGAACUCAAAAGUGAAUAGUUUUCUGCUGGGAUCGGAGCCAACAGCAGCUGGCAGAACAGACAAACCAGACGAAGCCGGUGCCUGCAGCUCUUAAACCCAAACAUCCUAAAUUAAUAGGUCAGCUCAAUGUUCAGAAGUCACUGUCAUAUUUUAUGGGUAAUGCUGGAAAACAAAGACAAAGGCUUGUUAAGCUAGUGUGUGUGUGUGUGUCAGUGGUUAUCAAUUAGACACUGGAGUUUAAUUAGAAAACACAACUUACAAUAGUAAGAGUUAGAUCACAUUCUUUAUGGCUGCUGUAGCAUCUACUGUACCUUGCACCUGAAAUCCAGAGAACUAUAUAGUCAAGUGGGAAGCUUGGCAGCACUUACUGAGUAGCAUCAUUGUUCAUGGUAGGGUAGGAAAUGCAAUUACACACCAGACAGUGCACUGCGCAAAAUCCAUUUGUAGAGACUAUAGUUUUAGUAGUUGUGUGCAUGAGAAGCAGGGAAGCAAUAAUAUCACCCUUUACUGGUCACACAUUCUCAGUAUGUCAGAUAAAGAAGUGACUUGUGUGUCAGCAAUUUACAAUAAAAGCACAAGGUCUUUGCCAAAGAACCUUGUGCCAUAGUUGAUCAGCUAUUGCAUUUAAGCAAUCCAAUCCUCUGUCUUAAUACUUGUUCUAAAACUGCAAAAUAAAUCUACAAAUGGAUAUUUUAACUUUAUGGAGUCUAUUCGAAACCAAGGAAGAAUAAGUUAAAUAUGAAGUUAUCAGUGCAAUGUGAGAGCAUGUCUUUUUAGCUCUGCAAAUGUAUGUGUGUGUGUAUGUGUGUGUGUGUGUGUGUGUGUGUGUAUUUUCAAUCUGUUUCUGCCAAAUACAUAAACAUAAACUGGGAAUCAUUUCCUCAGCUUCUCCUGGAUUAUCAGGAAAACCUCAGAAGAAAGUAAAGAUGGGAUUUCUGUAAAGCACAAUAUCUGUGUGUGUGUGUGUGUGUGUGUGUGUGUGUGUGUUUCCACACGCAUGUGUGUGCAUCAGUGCAUGUCCCCUCAUAGAUAACUGAUGGUCCUCUUACCCAUGAGUCUUCUCCUGUGGUGUAUUGAGGAUGUGCAAAGCAAUUAUGGAUCACUGUCCAGUAAUUCAAUAAAAAUGGACUGAAGUCUGAA